AUGGCGAUUUUUAAAAGCAUUGGCUCUGAUGAGACCGUCCAAGGGCAAGGAAGUCGGAGGCUGAUCAGCUUUUCUCUCUCAGAUUUCCAGGCCAUGGGGUUGAAGAAAGGGAUGUUUUUUAACCCAGACCCUUACCUGAAGAUUUCCAUUCAGCCUGGAAAGCACAGCAUCUUCCCUGCCCUCCCACACCAUGGACAGGAGAGGAGAUCCAAGAUCAUAGGCAACACCGUGAACCCCAUCUGGCAGGCUGAGCAAUUCAGCUUUGUGUCUUUGCCCACUGAUGUACUGGAAAUUGAGGUGAAAGACAAGUUUGCUAAGAGCCGCCCCAUCAUCAAGCGCUUCUUGGGAAAGCUGUCGAUGCCUGUUCAAAGACUUCUGGAGAGACACGCCAUAGGGGAUAGGGUGGUCAGCUACACACUUGGCCGCAGGCUUCCAACAGAUCAUGUGAGUGGACAGCUGCAAUUCCGAUUUGAGAUCACUUCCUCCAUCCACCCAGAUGACGAGGAGACGUCGCUGAGCGCCGAGCCCGAGCCCGCGGACGUGCAGGACAGCCCCGCGAGCAGCCGCGGCGGGGAGCCUCCCGGCGGGGCGCCGGGGCCCCCGGGCCAGCAGGGCGGCGCGGCGGACGCUGCGGGGAGCGGGAGCCCGGAGCCGGCCGCGCCGCCUGAGGGAGCGGCCGGCGGCGGCGGCGAGGCCGGAGACGACGGCGCGGGCUGCGCGGGAGCCGCCGGCUCUGGGGAGCUUCUGGGCCCGGGGCGCGAGGGCGCCGCGCCCGCCCCGAGUGCGGGAGGACCGGCCGAGCGGCUGGAGGCGGGCGGGGAGGCGCCGCCCGCGGGGCUGCGGGACGACGGCGGCGGCCCGGGCGGCGCCGCGGAGCCCGAGGCGGAGGGAGCGGCCGCCGAGAGCCGCGCGGGGGGCGGGGAGCAGGCGGCGGCGGCGGCGGCUGCUGAGGCGGCGGCGGAGGGCGACGUGUCCGCCCUGGGGCAGGGGGAGCACAGGCUGCAGCUGCGGGCCUCGGCGAAGCGGAAGAGCAGGCCGUGCUCCCUGCCGGUGUCCGAGCUGGAGACGGUGAUCGCGUCCGCCUGCGGCGACCCCGAGACCCCGCGGAGCCACUACAUCCGCAUCCACACGCUGCUGCACAGCCUGCCGUCCGCCCAGGGCGGCGGCGCCGCGAGCGACGACGGCGCGGACGAGGAGGCCACGCUGCGCGACGCCUCCGAGAAGGAGGCGCCGAGCGAGGCGGACACGCUGGCCGCCGCGCCGCCGCCCGUCGGAGAGCGCGGCCCCGCGGACGGCCUGGGCGCGGACGCGGACGCGCCGCCCAGCACGGGCAGCGAGAGCGACUCGAGCCCCCGGCAGGGCGGCGGGCACAGCUGCGAGGGCUGCGACACGUCGUGCUACAGCUCGUCGUGCUACAGCAGCUCCUGCUACAGCGCCUCGUGCUACAGCCCCUCGUGCUACGGCGGCGGCAGGUUCGCCAGCCACACGCGCUUCUCCUCCGUGGACAGCGCCAAGAUGUCCGAGAGCACCGUCUUCUCGUCGCAGGACGACGACGACGAGGACAACAGCGCGUUCGAAUCCGCGCCCGACUCGGCGCAGAGCCCGGAGCUGGACGCCGAGGCGGCCGACGGCGCGGGGCCGUGGCCCGACGAGCCGGCCGCCCCCGCCGGCGGCGUGGCCAGAACCGGGGAAGGGCUGGAGGCCCCCGCGGCGGGGCCAAGCCGCCGCAGAGAAGGUGAAUGUCCUAUACUCCAUAAUUCCCAGCCAGUAAGCCAGCUUCCUUCCUUGAGGCCUGAACAUCAUCACUACCCAACAAUCGAUGAGCCUCUUCCACCAAACUGGGAAGCUCGCAUCGACAGUCAUGGGCGGGUCUUUUAUGUGGACCACGUGAACCGCACGACCACCUGGCAGCGGCCGACAGCAGCAGCCACCCCUGACGGGAUGCGGAGAUCAGGGUCCAUCCAGCAGAUGGAGCAGCUCAACAGGCGGUAUCAAAAUAUUCAGCGCACCAUUGCAACAGAGAGGCCGGAAGAAGAUUCUGGAAGCCAAAGUUGUGAGCAGGUCGCAGCAGUAGGCAGCGGAGGCGGUGGGAGUGACUCAGAGGCUGACUCUUCUCAGUCAAGCUUAGAUCUGAGAAGAGAAGGGUCACUUUCUCCCGUGAAUUCACAAAAAAUCACCUUGUUGCUGCAGUCCCCAGCGGUGAAGUUCAUCACCAAUCCUGAGUUCUUCACUGUACUACAUGCCAAUUAUGGUGCCUACCGAGUCUUCACCAGUAGCACCUGCUUAAAGCACAUGAUUCUGAAAGUCCGGCGGGAUGCUCGCAAUUUUGAACGCUACCAGCACAACCGUGACUUGGUGAAUUUCAUCAACAUGUUUGCAGACACGCGGCUGGAAUUGCCCCGGGGCUGGGAGAUCAAAACAGACCAGCAGGGAAAGUCUUUUUUCGUGGACCACAACAGUCGAGCCACCACUUUCAUUGACCCCCGAAUCCCUCUUCAGAAUGGUCGUCUUCCCAAUCACCUGACACAUCGACAGCACCUCCAGAGGCUCCGGAGUUACAGCGCUGGAGAGGCUUCAGAAGUCUCUAGAAACAGAGGAGCCUCUUUACUGGCCAGGCCAGGACACAGCCUGGUAGCUGCUAUUCGAAGCCAACAUCAACAUGAGUCAUUGCCACUAGCAUAUAAUGACAAGAUUGUGGCAUUUCUCCGCCAGCCAAACAUUUUUGAAAUGCUGCAAGAGCGUCAGCCAAGCCUGGCGAGAAACCACGCACUCAGGGAGAAAAUCCAUUACAUUCGGACUGAGGGUAAUCAUGGGCUUGAAAAGUUGUCCUGUGAUGCAGAUCUAGUCAUUUUGCUGAGUCUCUUUGAAGAAGAGAUUAUGUCCUACGUCCCACUGCAGGCUGCCUUCCAUCCCGGGUACAGCUUCUCUCCCCGCUGUUCACCCUGUUCCUCACCUCAGAACUCCCCAGGUUUACAGAGAGCCAGUGCAAGAGCCCCCUCACCCUACCGGAGAGACUUUGAGGCCAAGCUCCGCAAUUUCUACCGGAAACUGGAAGCCAAAGGAUUUGGUCAGGGUCCAGGGAAAAUUAAGCUCAUCAUUCGUCGGGACCACUUGUUAGAAGGAACCUUCAAUCAGGUGAUGGCCUAUUCCCGGAAGGAGCUUCAGAGAAACAAGCUCUAUGUCACCUUUGUCGGAGAGGAGGGCCUGGACUACAGUGGUCCUUCGCGAGAGUUCUUCUUCCUUUUGUCUCAGGAGCUCUUCAACCCCUACUACGGACUCUUUGAGUACUCUGCAAAUGAUACCUACACCGUGCAGAUCAGCCCCAUGUCAGCGUUUGUGGAAAACCAUCUCGAAUGGUUCAGGUUUAGUGGUCGGAUCCUAGGCCUGGCUUUGAUCCAUCAGUACCUUCUUGAUGCCUUCUUCACAAGGCCCUUCUAUAAGGCACUCCUGAGACUGCCCUGCGAUUUGAGUGAUCUGGAAUAUUUGGAUGAGGAAUUCCACCAGAGUUUGCAAUGGAUGAAGGACAACAACAUCACAGAUAUCCUAGACCUCACUUUCACUGUUAAUGAAGAAGUUUUUGGACAGGUAACAGAAAGGGAGUUGAAAUCUGGAGGAGCCAACACGCAGGUGACCGAGAAGAACAAGAAGGAGUACAUCGAGAGAAUGGUGAAGUGGCGGGUGGAGCGCGGUGUGGUGCAGCAGACUGAGGCCCUGGUGCGGGGCUUCUAUGAGGUGGUAGACUCGAGGCUUGUCUCCGUGUUCGAUGCCAGGGAGCUGGAGCUGGUGAUAGCGGGCACGGCGGAAAUCGACCUGAACGACUGGCGGAAUAAUACAGAGUACCGGGGAGGUUAUCAUGACGGGCAUCUUGUGAUCCGCUGGUUCUGGGCCGCCGUGGAGCGCUUCAAUAAUGAGCAGAGACUGCGAUUACUUCAGUUCGUCACGGGAACAUCAAGCGUGCCCUACGAAGGCUUCGCAGCCCUUCGAGGAAGCAACGGGCUUCGGCGUUUCUGCAUAGAGAAGUGGGGGAAGAUUACGUCUCUCCCCAGGGCACACACAUGCUUCAACCGCCUGGAUCUUCCACCUUAUCCCUCAUACUCCAUGUUGUAUGAAAAGCUGCUAACAGCAGUAGAAGAAACCAGCACCUUUGGACUUGAAUGAGGAAACGGAAACUCAGCUGACAUUUUCCCGGCAGUCACAUCACCCUUUCUGGGAUCAUCCCCUUGCCCUUCCCCUGAAUCAACUCUCCUUUGAUUUUGGUAUUCCAUGAUUUUUAUUUUCAAACCAAAUCAGGAUUGACAAAAGCUGUGCAUGAAGAACUGCCUUCUUCUGAGAUCCAACCUUCAGGCUUAUCUCCUCUACUCUCGAUGAACUGCUAGCCUGUAUGCAAUAUUAAACAACAGCUGUCUCAAGGUCUGUGUGUAUCUCCACAUACCUCCAUUACUAACAAUGAAAUAUGAAUGCAAGUUAUGCUACACUUGACCAAAUGGUAAUAAAAGUUUACUUCCAUUUAUAUAAUUUUAGGGAAAUUUGAGCAUUAAGCAUUCUGAGCUUUUAUAUGCCCAUGUCUUCUGAGCAGAGCCACCAUUUUUUAUAAUUUCUAACAAGCAACUCCGGGUCUAGGAGUCAAUCAACAAGUUCUUUUCCUCCCACUCUACUUUUCCCCGUGCACACUCUCCAUCCAGAAACAGCAGUGGCAAAGCUGCAGUUUUUAUACAUUCAACUCAUGAUCCACAUGUGGCAUCAGUCCCAUCAGCUGGAACUAGCCUAGGCAUAUGGUGCAAAUAUUACACUUUCCAACAAAUAACAACAGCAAGAAAAAUGCCUCCUGCUGAUGCAGUGCGGAGCAUCUCAAUGGCUGGGGGGGAUUGUGGCUCAGCCUGAGGUUAGAGAAGUCUAGGAGGGGUGUGCCUCUCACGAACACUUACCACACGAGAAGCAGAAACUUGUGCACACAAAGGAGAUCUCAUUACGUAGCUUA